AUGGGCUGCACCUUCCUUCAGGGCACCUCCACCUGCCGUGACGUGAGGUCCUCCAUGGCCUGGAAGGUGUACCUGCAUCACCAAGACAUGUCCUGCUAUGACCAGUGCCAGCCCUGCCAGCCCUGCGGCCCGACCCCGCUGGCCAACAGCUGCAAUGAGCCCUGUGUCAGGCAGUGCCAGAACUCCACUGUCGUCAUCGAGCCCCCGGCUGUGGUGGUGACCCUGCCCGGCCCCAUCCUCAGCUCCUUCCCACAGAGCACCGUGGUGGGCUCGUCCACCUCCGCUGCUGUUGGCAGCAUCCUCAGCUGUGAUGGAGUGCCCAUCUCCUCCGGGGGCUUUGACCUCUCCUGCAUUACCAGCCGCUACUGUGGCAGCAGAUGCCCUCCCUGCUAA